UGAACCUUGCCCCCCUCCAGGUGGAGAUGCCCCCCCCCCUCCUGUCAUGGCGUUGGAUCGUAGCUCCGUCUUCCCGUCUCUGGCCGGCGUCACUGACAUCAUCGCCAGCAGCAUCCCCUCAUUGGCUGGACUCGCCACCUCCCUCAGAGGCUCCGCCCCCUCCGCCCCUUCUGCCCCCCCCUCCAUAGACAGCAUGGCUAACAGCAUCGCCGCUAACAUACCUAGCUUAGCGGGAACUGCUAGCGCUGUGGCUAACCCCCCCGCGGCUACGAUAAACUCCGCCUCCUUCACCACACCUGGUCACACUGUUAGCUUAGACAGCAUAGUUAGCUCGUUCGCUAACAUUCCCAGUUUAGCGGCGAUUGUUAGCAAUGUGGCUAACCCGUCUGUUAGCUCCAUAACGACCCCGUCAGCCCCCCCCCCCUCACUGCCGGGGAUCGGAGACGCUCACACAGAUGUCGGAGCGUUGUCUCAGCUGGUGAUGUCGACGUUAGACUCGAACACAGGAGUCUCUUUACCGUCUCUUCAAGAGGCGGAGCCAUCAGAGGACGUCUCCAGACGCUCUCCUCACACCAUCAAAGAAGAGAAUCCGUACGUCACGCUGUUAGCUUGUUGGGCGAGCCAAGAGGAAGCCGACACCGACUCGUCCAAUGAGGAGGAUGAUACAGGAGCAAGCCCCGCCCCCUCUGGUGCAGAGGGACCAAUGGAGGGAGAUCCUGCUCAUAACACAUCGUCAACAACCACCAACCUCCCGUCCAAUCAGGCGGGACGUCUGGUCCCCACGCGACCGGCCCCGCCCCCUCCUCGCAGCCAAUUAAAGAAGCCGCUGAGACAGAAGAUGCCGAGGACGGCUACUAUCCGAGUGUCCAGGAAGAAGGGGGCCGUGGGGGGGGCGGCCCCUCAGAGCGCCGUGGUGAGGUCCGGCUGGCUGGAUGUGUGGAAGGGCUUCAGGAUCAGACAAGUCGGCCAGAUGUUGUCCCUGGAGUCUCCACGACCCCUCAGAGCGCUGGGAUCUAACCAACAACCGCCCUCCCCCCAGCCACAGUCUUUACGCUGCUGGGACGUCAUCUCCCAGCUGAAGGAGGAACAGCAUCUGAAACAGAAGCAGAUGUUGUCCCUCCUCAUGAGUCCUGAGGUUUCCAGGAGAAC